GUGGGCAAUAUAAUCAUACUGUAUUCCGAUGUCUUCUGCCUACAACAACAUCUCUUGCAUAGUUUGUUUUGUUUCGGGAAUGUUGCAUUGAAAGUGGAUAAUACUGCAUUGAUUCCAUCACAAUUGCUACAGUAAAGGGAAAAAGGGAAAACUUUAGAAAGUUGAGAACUUCAAUCUCAUGCUUUUUCUGAGGGAGCUGAUAUUUCUUCUGCACUCUCCACGUCAGUCCCCACAUUGCUCAACCACAACUGUCACGUGCAAUAGAUCAGUCUGAGGAACUUUCAUUUACAGGAAAUCACCAAGCGAAAGACAUCAACAUGGCCUCUUGUUUUGGAGACAUUACAAAGGUUGACACCAGUGGGGCCUCAGAGAUAACCGCUAGACAAGACAAGCUAACUGUCCAAGGGGUGGAUGCCUCUCAUAAACUGGCUGAGCAUGACCUGGUGAGGAUGAACAAGUACAAGAAGCUCAUCACCAGGGUGGGGCAGAAGCAUGGCCUGGACCCAGCUAUCAUCGCUGGCAUCAUCUCCAGAGAGUCCCGGGCUGGGGCAGUGCUGGACCAUGGCUGGGGAGAUCAUGGAAAUGGCUUUGGGCUCAUGCAGGUUGACAAGCGCUACCACAAGAUAGUGGGGACAUGGGACAGUGAGGAGCAUAUCAGUCAAGGCAGUGAGAUUCUCAAAGAGUUUAUCCGAAGGAUCCAGGCUAAAUUCCCUGCUUGGCCCAAGGAGCACCAGCUGAAAGGGGGAAUUUCAGCCUACAAUGCUGGGGACAAAAAUGUCCGCACCUAUGAGCGAAUGGACGUGGGCACCACUGGGGGUGACUAUUCCAAUGAUGUUGUUGCCAGAUCUCAAUGGUUCAAAAGACAGGGUUAUUGAAGACUCUCUUCAUUAUAUUACUCCAGUCUUUCAUUCUACCUAUGGUGAAAAUAUUCAGUACGUGUUCUGGAAUAAAUCAAAGCAAUAAAAUUACUUCUCUGAAUAAAUCAAAUCA